GAAAAGCUAACUAUAGCUGUCGUCAGUAGAUAUUAGCAAAUACAUACAUGCUUAAAAACGUGAAGGUUUUCUAAUUUCGUUCAUUUAACGACAACUCUACCGAGCCCAGAUCACUGUUUUCACCCACGGCAAUGGCGAUAAAUUCUUGGGAAAUAAUUACAAUCAUGGUAGGCUGUUUUACUGGCGUCAUGAUGAUUUCAACGUUUUGUGUCAUAGCCCAUGCAUUUCAUCAAUUUAAAUUUAGCUCAAGUUCACCGUACAGAUUGGCAUAUUGGAAAAGAAAAACCUCAGGAAAUAGUGAUGACAUAAAUAUCACUCCCAUUGCAAACAGUCAACAAUUGAUUGAGAAAGAAAACGGCCGGGAAUUGGCCGCGAUAAGCGAACAAGAAUCUCGCCGCAUACUGGAAAGAACUUCAAGUUUUGAAUAUUGGUGGGAAGAUAAUCCUUCAACAUCCAUAUGCCAGUUUCAUACCCUGCCUCUCUCGAGCGCUCGAAAAAAGUCAACAAGCAUCACGGACGAUGGACCAAGUAGAAUGAACGCUGCAUCGUGGCCGAAUACGAUAGACAAAUAUGCUGAAUACGGAACUAGUACUUUUGGACGGAACUAGUACUUUUAGAUUAGAACCUCAUUCGGGUUCUAAUACAAUAAAAUUACGCAGCAAUAAAAUGAAAUUAGGUGAAAAGACUUUAGAUAUUGCUCAAUGUAAUGCAAAUGUAUAAAAACGUCUAACAAAUAAAAAUUAUUAGUCAAAAA